AUGAAGUUCGCUGGAAGCAUCGUUCUGGCUAUACUAGUAGCUCUUGCCAGCGCUCAGCCGGACCCUCAACACUACCGGCAUCUCAACGCCGAAUGUGUUAAGAAUCGUGAUUGCUGCCCGUGUGACACGGGAUCCGGGGCUUCUGUGUACUGCAUGCCGGAUUCUACCUCUUCAACGAAGUACCGUUGCCUACACUUUGGAAACCCCUGGCCUUACUGUCAGAAGAACAAGGGACAGUGCGGCGACUGGGAUCACCUGCAGUAA